UUCAUGAUCGGAUCCGGAUUUGAUGAAGGAAGCAGCAGCUGCAGCAACAGAGAGGAAGAUUCUCGAAGGAUCUAAACGGUGGUGACGGUGGUGGUGCUGCUGGUGCCACUUCCGUUCGUUUUUGGUGUUUUUAGGGAUUCGAAUUCGAUUCAGAAAAAUCGAAGGUUGAUACGAUGGCGUAUAGAAGGAGACAGCCUUCUUCUUUUUCUUCAACCUUCGAAGACGAAGCAACUCGGAACCCUAACCCCGUUCCACCUUCUUCUUCUUCUUCGCCAAAUGAUAUUGAUGCUUCGUUCUCUUCGGCUUCGGCUUCGUCUACGUCUUCGUCUUCGCUUGCAGCCAAAGCCAUCAGGGCUUCGUCGGCGCGCCGCGACUCUUCUCUCUCCUCUCUCUACGGUCACUCCAAUCUCUCCAAUGCCUCUCCGAUUUCUCGUGCUCAACCAACUCCAACUGCUCCUCCCUCCUCCAAGGAUUCACAAGCCUAUGAAUAUACAUCUAUGAAGAGCCUGAAUGAGUCCAAGAAUGGAUUUUGGGGUGUUCUGGCCAGAAAAGCAAAGUCAAUUAUUGAGGAUGAUAAUGUAAGCCAGCAAUCUGAAAUGCCUGGAAUGACGAGAUCACAAUUGCCUGGUGUAGCGUCUAGGGGCAGGUUCCAAAAUUCGAAUCACUUAGAGGAGAGCAAUCUCAAAAGGGAAAAUCCGACAUUUAUGAAGGGAUUUGAUGCUAUAACAUCUUCUCUUACUCAAAUUGGCGGCACCAUUGGUAAAUCUUUGGAGGAGGGUUUUACAAUUGUUGAGAAUCGGACUUCAGAUAUUAUUCAGGAAACUCGUAAACAUAUCAGGAAAAAGCCUGGUAACUCUGUUGGACAGAAUCAAGAGACAAACCAUUCUACUACAUUGCAACAAUCCCAAUUGAGGACCCAGAUAUCAUCAAAUCAAACAGACCAAGAACUUCAACUGAAGGCAUCCCGCGACGUUGCAAUGGCAAUGGCUGCCAAAGCAAAACUGCUUCUUCGGGAGCUGAAGACUGUCAAAGCUGAUCUGGCUUUUGCAAAGGAUCGAUGUGCUCAACUAGAGGAAGAAAAUAAAAUCCUCCGUGAGAAUCGUGAAAGAGGAGACAGCCAUGAUGAUGAUGAUUUGAUACGACUUCAACUUGAAACUCUUCUGGCUGAAAAAGCUCGCUUGGCCCGUGAGAACUCAGUUUACGCCCGUGAGAAUCGCUUUUUAAGGGAGGUCGUUGAAUAUCAUCAGCUUACAAUGCAGGAUGUUGUCUACCUAGACGAGAACAAUGAGGAAGUCACUGAAGUUAACCCUCUUAACUUCCCCCCAGUGGCUAAUAUGUCCCUGGAUUCUAUUACUCCAUCUGCAUCAUCCCUAUCAUUGCCUCCAGACACCAACCUUGGUAUGAGUUCAGAAUUUGCAAGAGGCGUCUCAUCUUCCAUCUCUGGAAAGGAUGCAAAGAGUUCUGAUGCGACUGUAAAGGAUUCAAAGAGUUCUGAAGUGACAAGAAGUAUCUCAUCUAUCACAGGAAAGGAUGCGAAAUGACAUGCAAUUUUUCUGUUACACUGGUGAUGCACCGCCUUUUUUGAUGCUUUUUUGAUUUGUUAUUAUUUAUACGUUGCUCGUUUAAUUAUCGUGGGUGACAUUACCUUGGUGUCUUUUGUACCUUGUGUAACUUAAGUUUUUUUAGUUUCUCAUUAUAUCAGGAUAUGUAACCUAAAUCAGCAAGUGUCUGUAUAGCUAUAUUUGCUGAAAAAAGUACCUGUAUAUCAAAGCAGUGUUUUUCUACAAAUCCAAUUCAUUAUUUUGGUGUGUUACAG